CUGGCAGUAAUUAGACCACAGAAGCAGCAGUACAGCGGCGGUGGACUGUGCUCGGCAGUUGAUUUCAUUACAUUACGUUUAGAGAAGAUACUUCAUCUAAAUAAGCGACGCUACACAUUGCAAUGGUUACACUGGCAGUCUCUUUUGUCUUGGUAGACACGCCGGAGUUGCAAUGAAGGCAGGGGCCUCUUCCAUGUGGGCUUCAUGCUGUGGUCUGCUGAAUGAAGUCAUGGGUACUGGGGCCGUCAGAGGCCAGCAGCCAGGGUUCGGGGCCGGUGCUGGACCCUUCAGAUUUGCCCCCAGUGCGGGAUAUUCCACUUACCCGCCCACCAGCUCAGGGAGUCCCAGUCUUGUAUGCAAGGCCUGUGGUCAGGCCUUCUCAGUCUUCAGGAGGAAGUAUAUUUGCUGCGACUGCAAGAAGAGCUUCUGCUCUCUGUGCUCCGUGCUUCAGGAGAAUUUACGCAUUUGUGCCACGUGUCAUUUGCUGAAGGCGACGGCCUUUCAGCGGCCGCGGCUCAUGCGUCUCCGAGUGAAGGACCUGCGUCAGUACUUGCUGCUGCGUAACAUCCCCACCGACACCUGCAGGGAGAAGGAAGAUCUGGUGGACUUGGUUCUCUGUCACCAAGGAAUCGAGGAAGAGGAGGACCCCGACAUGACCAGCCUUCAGUCACGUUCCCUGUACACUCCAACCCCUUCUACCACACAGUCUGCCUCUGAGCUGUCUGCGUUCGCUGCCUCUCAGGAGGAAGCGCUCAGCAGGAGCGAUAGCUCUGACACCAACCAGGAUAUGGGGGACGGUACAUCAGUGUCUCUUCUCAACUUGGAUCCCAGUGAAGACACUCCUGAGGUUAGUCCUCAGACUCGACGUUGGGCCAGAGCAUCCCUCUCAGACAUCUCCAGUUUACGGGACAUUGAGGGCCUGUCUGUCAGGCAGCUGAAAGAGAUACUGGCCAGGAAUUUUGUCAACUAUUCAGGGUGCUGUGAGAAGUGGGAGCUGGUGGAGCGUGUCAGCAGACUUUACAGGGAGACUGAAGAGAACAGGAAAUCAUUGGAAAAUGUGAGCAGCACUGUAACCACAGUGAUGACCUUCCCCCCUCCCAUCUGCAAUGGUGCCAUUGGAGAUGGGGAGAACUGUCCACUGACGAUUCACGAUGACAACCUCUGCAGGAUCUGCAUGGACGCCAUGAUCGACUGCGUCCUCCUGGAGUGUGGACACAUGGUCACUUGCACCAAGUGCGGCAAGAGGAUGAACGAAUGCCCGAUCUGCAGGCAGUACGUCGUGAGGGCUGUGCACGUCUUCAAAUCCUAAUGCACCUCUGCAGCACCACUGCACCUGCUUCAGACUGAGACUGUACCUUAACCUCAACAAUGCAGCUCGUAACCUUCGAAUCCCCGAAAGACUCAGUCUGUGGAUGUUUGUAUUCCCUGAGGUCUCACUUUAUUUGCACAGUGAAAUCUUAAGAAAUGUCUUUCUGAAAAAUUUUGACUAUUUGCUUUUACUAGUGGGCAGAGCGUAAGAACGUACCCUCCAGCGAGUCAUUCCUCAAGUUAACAUAUCUUCCGUAUCUGUGUUUAUUCUCAAACGUCUUAAUGUUUUUCUUACAGUUUUUCAAAGCAAAGAAUGUGCGGCACGAGCCGCGUGCAGUCUCGUUAAACACAACGCUUCACCCUCAGAUCUGCCUGUAAACUGUAGCUGGUUCUCUACUCUGCUGGGCAUUCCUGAGAGCACCUCACUUAACAACUGCUGCAAGUGACUACAUAUCUUCAUGAGGGCGAGGGCACACGCUGAAGCUCGACAUAGGAGAGUGUGAACUAGGUGCCAAAUAAUGCGUCAUGCCCUUAUGCUUCUCACCUUUUUUUCCCUCCCUUCAGCUGUGAGGGUUAGUGUUUGGAUUGUUGAUUCCUCAGCAUGUUUGACCAGAAAGCACUUUUCUUCACAACUGUGUGUUGACUCACUGCUCGCAAGCGACCUAAUAGUAGUUGAGUUAAUGCGUACUAAUCUUUGAGCUGUUUGUGUUCAAAGCUGCUGUGAUUUUUCAGAUGGAGUUGACAUAUAAUUGUUCUGUUCACUUAUUUUGUUACAUAACUACUUGUAUGCAUUACACAUUUUAAAUGAUCACACAAAGUCUGUCAUUACAGCAAUAGCUAACCUCCGCUUUCACCUCUUGAUUUGUCUCUUUAGUGGAGGCAAAGUACGAAAACCGGUGCUAACUCAUCCAACCACCUUCCCCAACCACCUCCCGCUGAACUGUGGAUGUGAAACUGAAUGUUUUUUUUGUUUUGUUUUUAUUUGUCGUGUAUCGUUGAGAAUGGAAUGAAGUGUCUUAACGAGUUGAGUUUUCUCAUGUAGGAGUAAUGUAUUGAACUAACUAUUCAAAGAUAUAACUAUGAGUUUACUGACACCUGUGAUAUAGGAAGUAAAUAGAAAUUAAUGACUUGCUGAUGUAUAUUUGCAUAUAUGGAUCCAUAUGAGAUGUGUAUAUAUCUAUUUUUUUUUUUUUUUUUUUUUUUUUUUUAAAUUUGAUUGAAGUGGCCCAAGGAUUGGGUUCAGUUUAUAUUUAGAGGUUUACAUUUUUCCUGUCAGGUGAUUUAAAAUGUGUUUAAUCUGCAUUAAUUUGCUUGAACCAGAGCAUGACACUCGGCUUUAUUACACCAGAUAGGUCAUAUCCUACUCCUUAGAUCGCCCCUACCCCUUAAACAAAACCUCUGCUUUUAUUUUCCCACAAUACCCUGCUCUUUCACAAGUUUUGCGCUCUGUACUGUAACCCACAAAGUCAAAAUUGCUGCUAUUACAGUAAAGAUGUCCGCUACAGUCAUGCACAGUAGCGGAUCAGGUUGCACUUUUUUCCUUUUACAGAGGGUGUAAUUGUGUGCUAGGUUUGGUCUUUGUAUUUGGGAAUGUUGAACUUUUUAUUUUGGUAAUUAAAAUUUCAAUUGAAAUCUA